CGACCACACCGGGAGCGAGGACUUAACUGACCAUGAGCCGGCCAUGGAUACAGCCACGGAAUUUCCAUGAACAUUGUCUCCUGAGUCUGUGCUUUUUGCCUUUAUUCCAUGGGCUCCAAGCUGCCCUUCCCUCCUCUCCUCCCAGAUCCAGAAACGCUUCCUGAACCGGACUUGUAUCCGGACAAGCAAACCACGACCAAUGAUUUAGCCGAAGAAGAAGAAGAAGUGGAAGAGGAGGAUGACGAUGACGGCAUCGCCUUUGGUGAACAUGCUGAUUUUCGAUCCCACUAUACGUCUCCUCCAUCGCUCGAUGAGUUGGACGAGGAUUCCGGCUCGCUGAAUGACGAGGAGGAGGACGAAGAAGAGGAUGGAGAAGCGGACGAUGAUGAUGGUAUUGCCAUUCACAAGCCGUUCCUACAAUCCACCGGGUCUCUACCUAAUGCGUUUGCCCCGCCGUUCUACAAUCGUCCACCAACACCUCUUCCGCCCUCGCCCUCAUUGACUUCGCUGCUGCGACCGUCGUUUUCGGCGAAUACCUCUCGCCCAACGACGCCGGAUAGCUCUGAUGUAGAGACUCCAAAUGAUACAGAAGCAGCGGUGGCAAAGUCCGCGCGGAUCGCAACGACGGUACCAAGGGCCAGUCCGAAAGUGCCAACGUAUGAGUACUAUGGCUUUGUGUUGUACCUGACCUCCUCAUUGGCAUUUCUAAUGUACUUAUUAUGGUCCUUCCUCCCAUCUCCAUUCCUCCAUCAGUUGGGGAUAUACUACUAUCCCAACCGCUGGUGGUCCCUUGCCAUCCCUUCCUUCCUGGUUAUGACGAUUAUCUACAUUUACGUAGCGCUCGCGGCGUAUAACACCGGAUACCUUACCCUUCCGAUGAAUAAUAUUGAGAACCUUGUUGAUGAUGUCGCGAACAUUGCUGUCAUUGACAGCAAAGGUAGGCGCAGGCCCGGUGGAUCGGAAAAGAUGAAUCCCGAUGCAACGACUGCACAGACAAUGGGUGCUCAGAAGAAGAAAUUAGAGUGGAAGGCUAUUUGGAAUGAGGGCACGGAUGCAGUGAUGGAUAUCCCGGUUGGGGGCGUAUGUGAAGUGCUGUAUGGCGACGAAGGGAAUGGCGAAGAUUUGGAAUCUGAGCAUACAGGAAUAGGCGGGAAGUGAGCCAAGUUUUAUAUGCUUAUUUGCGCCGCCCAACCAUUGUGCCUGCAACUGCCAAAUUUUGAAUAAUACAUCA